GCCUUCGGGGUCCAGUGGUGGGGCCGUUGUACCGGCUAGUCCACUGGGCCUCUGCAGCGCCCCUGGUGGGCGGGAAGCCCAGGGAGUGGGGUGGGUGAGGGCCGGGAGGCCAGCCGGGCAUCUCAGGAUAGAGAGCUUAGAAAGACUCGGCAGGAGGCGGCCAGGCCCUGGGAGAGGCCGACCCCUUAGGGCUGCGAGUAUGCAGGCCGGUGGGCCCUGGAGAGAAGCCGGCGCCCGAGUGGGGCCUUGGGCAAAUCAUCCCCCAUCCCUUUCCUGGGUCUCAGUGUCCUCCUUUGUAAAAUGAAGGAGUUGGACUCCCUGACCUCCAAGGCCUCUUGGCAGAGCUUAAAAUCCUAGGAUGGGGUAUGAGUUUAGUUCCCUGGGGGGAUGGCGAGGAAAAUGCUUGUCAAAAUGUGAAAAGGCAUCCUGUGGGUGUGAGCUACUAAAUGCCAAAUGAUGGAAGAACGUUCCAACCUGAUGAAUAUGAUGAAGCUGAGUAUCAAAGUCCUGAUCCAGUCAGCACUGAGCCUAGGUAGAAGCUUGGACACAGACUACGCCCCUUUGCAACAAUUCUUUGUGGUCAUGGAGCACUGUCUCAAACAUGGCCUGAAAGUUAAGAAGAGUUUUAUUGGCCAAAAUAAGUCUUUCUUUGGUCCCCUGGAGCUGGUGGAGAAACUUUGUCCAGAAGCAUCAGAUAUAGCUACUAGUGUUAAAAAUCUGCCGGAGUUAAAGACAGCAGUAGGAAGAGGAAGGGCUUGGCUUUACCUUGCACUCAUGCAGAAGAAAUUGGCAGAUUAUCUGAAAGUGCUUAUAGAUAAUAAGCAUCUCUUAAGUGAAUUCUAUGAACCUGAAGCAUUGAUGAUGGAAGAAGAAGGAACAGUAAUUGUAGGUCUGCUGGUGGGACUCAAUGUUCUUGAUGCUAACCUUUGCUUAAAAGGAGAAGAUCUAGACUCUCAGGUUGGAGUGAUCGAUUUUUCCUUAUAUCUCAAGGAUGUGCAAGAUAUUGAUGGUGACAGAGAGCAUGAAAGAAUUACUGAUGUCCUUGAUCAGAAGAAUUAUGUGGAAGAACUUAACAGACACUUAAGCUGCACCGUUGGGGAUCUUCAGGCCAAGAUAGAUUGUCUAGAAAAAACCAAUUCAAAACUUCAAGAAGAGCUUUCAGCAGCUACAGAUCGGAUUGAUUCACUUCAAGAAGAACAGCGACAGUUAAAAGAACAAAAUGAAUUAAUCCGGGAAAGAAGUGAAAAGAGUGUAGAGGUAACAAAACAGGAUACAAAGGUAGAGCUUGAGACUUACAAACAAACCCGACAAGGCCUGGAUGAAAUGUAUAGUGAUGUAUGGAAACAGCUGAAAGAGGAAAAAAGAGUCCGAAUGGAACUAGAGAAAGAACUGGAGCUGCAAAUUGGAAUGAAAACAGAAAUGGAGAUUGCAAUGAAACUACUAGAAAAGGAUACACAUGAAAAACAAGACACACUAGUUGCUCUUCGCCAACAACUAGAAGAAGUCAAAGCAAUUAACUUGCAGAUGUUUCAUAAAGCCCAGAAUACAGAGAGCUGCUUACAACAGAAGAAUGAAGCAAUCAUAUCUUAUGAGGGAAAAACCAAUCAAGUAAUGUCCGCCAUGAAAGAAAUGGAAGAGAGAUUACAACACUCUGAAAAGGCCAGGCAAGGUGCUGAAGAGAGAAACAACAAACUGAAACAAGAAUUUGGUGGCAAAGUUGAAACCCUACAACAGCAACUCUCCCAACUGGACAAACAAUGCUCAAGUCUCGAGAGAGAGCUGAAGUCAGAAAAAGAACAAAGGCAGGCUCUUCAGAAAGAGUUGCAGCAAGAGAAAGAUGCCACCUCUCUACUCAAAACUGAGUUGCACCAGGUAGAAGGAUUGAAAAAGGAACUUCAAAAACUAUAUGAGAAGAAGGAAGAAUUACAGAAGAUUUGUGAAGAACAAGAACAAGCACUACAGGAAAUGGGAUUGCACCUUAGUCAAUCAAAGCUGAAGAUGGAAGAUAUAAAAGAGGUCAACAAGGCACUAAAGGGUCACACCUGGCUAAAAGAUGAUGAAGCAACAUACUGCAAACAAUGUGAGAAAGAAUUCUCCAUCUCCCGAAGGAAGCAUCACUGUCGAAACUGUGGACACAUCUUUUGUAACACAUGUUCAAGCAAUGAACUUGCACUGCCUUCCUACCCAAGGCCUGUACGUGUGUGUGAUGCCUGCCACACUCUCCUCCUUCAGAGAUAUUCAUCCAGUUCUUCCUAGGGGUCAUGAUGAAAAGGCUCUAAGUUAGCUGCAGAACAAAUCAGUUCCUGCUUCCCAACAAGCUUGGAAAUGUGAAUUUUGCAGAAUUUCUGAUUAAAGAAAUGUUCCUGAAAGUUUAACUGUUCAUCAUUCUGGAAAAGGGCAAAGGCAGCCCUUGGAACAGUAACCAGAUCCUGUUUGUACUUCCUGUUAAUGCAGUCUGUAUGUUACUUACAGGAAGAUUUUUUUGAGAGCAAAGAGAAAAAUGUUCAUAAACAGUACUUUAUAUUUUAAUGUACUUUGUCCUUUAAUGUGUUGAAAUACUGAGGUGUGCUUUUUAUAGUCUAAGAUUUCUCCUAUCCUCUUGAUUUUGGUCCUCUUCAGAAUGGUUAUUUUUCUGCACAAUGAAUCUUAAGGGUUUGCUACUGUAAUUUUUCACUUGUAAAAUAAUCAAAAUUACUUGGGAUUGGAUUAUGUACAGCUACAGAUUUUUUUCACCUUUGAAAGCUUCUGAUUCAUGUAUCUCCACAAAAAUGGAUUUCCUUUCCUUAAGCUAAAAUAAACAUCAAGGUUUGUUUCUCAUGCCCAUAAGAUAUAAUAAAAGCUUUUGAUUUGUUGUUCAAGUGUGCACAUUAAGAAGAUACAUUUUGUAGAGGAAAAAAAACUGAGGGCCUAAAGAGAGGAAGUGAUUUGUUUGAGCAAAGGCCACUAAGUCCAAACUCCUGCUCUUCAAGCCGCUGAACCACUUUUCUUUUCCCUUGACUCCAUCUUGUGUGUAUAGAAUAAUCAAAAAAACAUGGCUAGAAGUGUAUGUGUGGUCCCUCUAAUGCUUUCCUUACCUAUUCAGUUAUCACAUUGGAAAGACAUGAUAGAAACAGUUGAGUUGAAAGAAAGCAUGUGCUAAUAUUUAGAUAAGCUACCAGGAACUAAGACCUAAAAGCUUAACCUCAUGUGGUCCCUUACCUAGGUAAGGAUUAGGAUGGAAAUCUCCUUUUCCUAAGCUACAACCAGUUUGUCAUAUCUGACCUUCAUGACCCCAUGAGAUUUUCUUGGCAAAUAUCUUUGCCAUUUGCUUCUCCAGCUCAUUUUAUAGAUGAGGAAACUGAGGCAAAGAGGGUUAAGUGACUUGCCUAGAAUCACAUAGCUAUUAUGUGAGACUGUAUUUGAACUCUGGUCCUCCUGACUCCAGUCCCGGUGCUUUCUCCACUAUGUCACCUGAGCUUUUGGGCAAUUCGAAUGCCAAAGCUUGCCCAGGACAGAAUAAUCUACAGAGGGGAUAAGUGUUUUUUAACUGGCCUAAUCAAUUUUAUGAACACAGUACCAAGUAUCUAUGAACAAAGAUGAACAGAAACAAACCAUAAAAAAAUAAAUUUUUUUUAAAUGUAUUUUGUUAUGGUUUUUGUUUGU